CCACUUGCGUACUUGAUCAAAAACCGCGACACCAUAUCCCUUUCACACAUUUUUGUAAGAAGAGAUGUAAACUUUGUGUGUAUCCCCUUGGUCUAGACACGCUUGUCUAGCUUGUGUAUUUCAACCUUGGAGAUUGUUUUUCUUCCUUGCCGAUCCUCCCUCCAUUCCUCCAUAUAUACCUCCACGGCUCCUCCUCACGCUUCCAAUCUUCUUAAUUCCAAGCUAGCUCCAUCUCCUCUUCUCUACCAUCUCCUGCGCGCGCACUGCAAGCUGAGAUUAAUGGGGGAGUACGCGUGCACGAGCCCGUCGACGCCGCUGCCGCCGGUGCAGGGGCGCAAGGAGCAGCCCUCCCCGCGCCACCACAAGAUGGUGUCGUCUUCGUCGCCCAAGGCGACGCGGCCCGCCAUAAGGAUCAUCCACAUCAUCGCGCCGGAGAUCAUCAAGACCGACGCCGCCAACUUCCGCGACCUCGUGCAGCGCCUCACCGGGAGGGACGCCGCGGACGACGACGACAGCACGGCCGUCACGGUGGGCGUGGCGCCGCCGCUGCCGCAGACCCUGCCGCCGUUAGAGGAGAAACCACAGAAGGUCGAGGCGGCGGCGGUCAAGAAGAGGGUAUUGCCGGGGGCGUCGGCGCUGCAGGCAGCGGAUUUCGUCGCGCAGCAGGAGAACAAGAGGAGGAAGAAGAUCAAGUGCGAGGUGGUGAAGGUGGAGGACGGAGCAGGGUUCGGCUAUGGGGGGUUCGGGGAGCUCGGCCAUGGCGGCGACCUGUGGAUGGAUCUCAACCCAGGGGGGUUCUUGAGCUUCCUGGAGGAAGCCGACGUCUUCCAGGGGAUGGCUCAUCCUGACUUCCUGCAGCCUCUGGGGUCGUCCAGGAUGGAUUUCGUCGGUGAAAUGUGCGCCUCGUUUCUGGCUUAAAUUUAGUCGGUUAUUAGAUGGAGUUCUUCUUUGAUUUUUGUCAUCUCUUUGUGUUGUUGUGAGGAUUUGGUUGAGAGAAUUGGAUUCUUUUUUCUCUUCCCUCUGUCUAGAUGAACAUAGAUACAGUGGUUUCCUUGCACCCUUUGUUGCAAAUUGUGACUAUGUACGCAUGAUCAUAGGAGGAAUGAUCAAUUUGGGUGCUUACAUUUUGUUUUGGCCUCUGAAAUGUAAAUAAUUGUUCUUAACCGUC